AUGCGAAUUCAGUACCCUGUACGUAUUCCAACAAAGAAGAAGUUUAUUUUCAUCGACGAGAUCUGUGGAGGCACUAAAGCUGAUGUUUCAUAUGAUGUUUUUAUUCCAACAGCUACACUCUACGACUUUUCGUCGUUGUUCGGACAUUUUGUAGUAGAAACCAAGCUUCCUGAGAUCUUUUAUGCAAGUUAGUUCUUUUUCUUUGUUUUUUUUAGUUUUAGUUGAAUUGUACCUGUAAAGUUAUAACGCUAAAUGACGUUACAGAUGCCAAGAAACAGUUGAAAGAGUUUGUGUUGAUCGAAACCCAAAAAUAUGAAGAUGAGUUGGCAGAUGCGGCUGUAUUGGACUUCCUACAAGGAGAUUAUGCUAAUGAUUUUGAUUAUGAGACCAAAUUUCAAAUGAAUUGUGGGAUUAAUGCCAAUUUUAUAUUAACCUUUGAUGAGACCUUCAAUGAACUUAUGAAUAAUGGCAAAACAGAAGAAUUACUAAAGCUAAUACGUCUUGAAUCAAAGAUGACUGAAAAUAUGAACAAACUGUUGAGUCAGAGAGAUCAGGAGCUUCAUAAGUUGAGGUUGGAAUGUGAAGCAGCUGUGGAGAAGACAAAAGAGGCAUCUGAUCUUGAGGAACAUUCGUAUAACUUGUCGGUUUUGAAUGAAAAGCUUCGGGUAUGUUAGAUUUUCUCUUUUUAAUAUUGUUUUAUUAUAUUUUAAGUAAAGAACUUCGUUUUUUGCCCUUUUUUGCUUAACACUUGUGUUUUACCUAAAUUCGCUUAUCUUUUCAGAACACCAACUCCAAUUUCUGUAACCAACUAAAGUCCCUAACAGAGCGUCAGCGAUCAGAAUAUGCGAACGUUGUAUCAAUACUUCAAAACAACGGAGUAUUCCCUGAUGAAAAGCUUGCUUCCCACAGUGAUCUGUCUACACCUUCUUCAUAUACACCUAUCGAGCCCGUUUUGGACGAGAGUUUCACAAUUUACAUUGGAAAUCAGUUGAAGUCAAUGCACAAUGCCAGACUAUUACAAUACCGUAGUUUGGGCGAGUUUUGUCACGAUGAUACGGUGGAUGCUAUGGAGAGAUCAGUUUAUGAAUCAAGUCGAUUGAACUCAUUGAUAUCGUUAUAUAGAAGGGACUUGAAAGCUGCGAUUAUAUUGGUGGAACGAGACCCUUUAUAUCAUCUACAUGCGAGGACAGAGUUCUACAAAUUGUGCGAGAAGUCAGUGGAAUUACACUUUGAUCCGAUUGAUGUUCAGUUGAGGAAGAUUGCUGAUAGGGUGGUUUCUUUGGCAAUAUUUUUUAAAAUUUUACUUUGAAAAAAUAUUUAAGCUAAAUACCUAUAACAAUAUAAAAUCAAAAUUUGAGUCUCAAAAGCUAUAUCUUGCUCACUUUCCAGGUACCUCUAAUGAACCAAUCACAACGAGCUUCCCACUCUAAUCAGCGAUGUUUUGAGUCAACAGAACCUCGUUGUCCUGACGAUUACGAGUUCUUCAGACCUGGAGAUGUAUAUGUGACUACUCAUUCGAAUUUGAGUAAUGUUCAAGUCGUAUUUCAUCUGGUCACGGAUCAACAUUGGGAUAAGGUUGACCUAACCUCACGGCAUCCAUAUAUUAAUGGAUUGGGGAAUUGUAUUCGAAUGGCAUCCAAGAACGCUGUUGGAACGAUGACUUUUCCAUUGUUUUUGAACAAAAAUGUGCCAAAGGUAAGGUUGUUUGACUUUCCUCUUAAAGAGACAUAUUAAUAUCUGGCUUUGUUGAGAAAAAUUUAAUAUUUUUUUUGUAAAGUAAAUAAGAUCAAUUUUACGGCUAUAUCUACUAGAAAAUAUUUUAAUUACCUUACUAAACCAUUUUCAGGACCAACCCCUUCCCUAUUACCAAAGUCGAGCUGAUUUGAUCUUCAAAUGUCUAAAAGGUCUGUUAAUUGAGGUUUGUUCAACAGGAGCUUCCAAUUCGAAUUGUGCUGCCUUUAAUCAACACUCUGUGCAUUAUAACAUAAACUUUGGCAUCCCAGAAUAUUUGGGACAAAAAGUUUUUGAAACAAUUUCUGAUGUAUUGCUACAAGUCUUUCAUCUCGUUCCUACGGUUAAUGUCACCGAUGAGAUGUUCUAG